AUGUGGCUCGCGGUAACGGCUCUGCACCCGCCCCGAGGCUCGACUCCUGUAGCGCUCACCGGCUCGGUUGCGCCGUGCGUCCACUUCGUCAACCCGCUUGAGGUUGACGGCUUCGCAGAGCCUGGCGGCUGGGGAACCACUUCAGCGGCCGAGAAGCCAAUCCUGUACUUUUUUCCGGGGAUGGAUGGCUCCCUGCAGACGCCAUUCAUGCAGUUCUGCGAGCUGAGCACCACCUUCGAGCUCGCAUGCAUGCGGCACAACGAGGGCCUCGCCUCGCGUGCCAGCUUCGAGGAGGUGGCGGACUCAUGCGCAGUCGCUGUCGCCACGUCGGCAGCGGGCGGCCGGCAGGUCCUGCUCGUGGGCGAGUCGUUUGGCGCAACGCUCGCCCUCGCCGUCGCUGACAAACUCUCCCGCGUCCUUCUCCCCGGCCAGCAACGCGGAGGUGUGCGUGGAGUCGUACUGGUCAACCCGGCAACCUCGUACCGCCGCUCGACGCUCGCAAAGAUUGGGCCUCUGUGCGCAUCACUCGCCGGCCCUCUCCUCGCGCCGCUGUACGCGCUGUCGCUCGUCGCUGUCGCCGCCCUCGUGCUCACGCCCGCGUACCAGGCGCCCUCCUUCCUCUCCACGGUCGCCGCGCAAAAGGCGACGGAGCUCAACAACAACCCGUACCGCGAAGCCUUUGUCGGCCGCGUCGCGAUGGGAGCGACGCUCGGGCUGAGCGGGCCGCGGCUCGACAUCGGGCCCCUCCUCGCGAUCCAGGUCUUCUCGCCCGAGGAGCUCGGCUUCCGGCUGAGUCGGUGGCUGGAGUACGGCGCCGGCCUGCUCGAGGCGGCGCUGCGACUCACCGCUCGCGCCGACCUGCUCGAGAGACGGAGCGUCGUCAAGGAGCUGCGGCUGCCGAUGCUCGCCGUGGUGGGCGACCUCGACCGCCUGCUGCCGAGCGUAGACGAGGCCGCCCGCUUGCGCGAGGCGCGCGGCACCGUGACGGUGCAGGGCGCGGGCCACGCGUCCACGCUGGGCAACCGCAUCCGCAACGCGUUCGCCGCCGACUUCGAGCCUCCCCUCUCGCCUCGCGUCGACCUGGUGGGGCGGGGCGAGAGCCCGGGCGACGGCGGCGACGGGUGGGAGCGCGGGCUGCUCGACCGCACGUAUCCGGCGCUCGACCCGGCAGACUACACGGAGCUGAACCGAGGGGGCAGCAGGGCCCCGGCAGAGAGGGCCGCGAUCCGCGAGCUACUCUGCGCGCUCGAGGAGGCGGGCGAGGGCGUCCCGUACUUGGACGCGGCGGGGGACGCGCCGCUCUGUGGCAACUACGAGCUGGCCUAUUUCGACCGUUCGAUCGACGGCAAGCGCGGCUCGGGCGGAGAAGAGCCGACGCGGCCGUUUGGCUCGAGAGCGCUCGGUGCGCUCUUCUCGCUCCGCUUCUCCUUCCAGCACCUCGUCGCGCCCGACGCAGCCAUCAACUACGUCGGCUUCACCUGCUGCGGCAUCCCCGCCUCGGUCUUCACGGCAGGCGCCGUCGAGCGCCUCGACCGCACGGCGGUGGAGGCGCUCCGGCGGCAGCACGGCACGCCGCUCCGGUUCGACACGGCCGUCCGGAUCGAUUUCGGCACGCCGCGCCUCUCCAUCGGCCGCGGCGGCUGGGCGCGCACCUUCGAGUUGCCCGCCGGGCAGAGCCCCCCGGUAAGCCUCUGCACCACGUACGUCGACGAGCGCUUGCGGCUCGCGCGGGCUGCUGGAGGGGGGAGGCUCGUCUUCACGCGGGGCGGCCUCGCCGACGAGCCUCUGGCGGACAGCUGGAGGGCAGUCGCCGACCUGACACCCGUCCGCCCGAGGUCGGUGGCGGCGGUUGCGCUGGGCAUCCUCGCCUCACUCGCCGCAGCGGUGCCGCCGCUCCGCCGCCCUCUGCAGCUCGCGGCGCUGGUGGGCGGGGCGGGCGCAGCCGUGAGAGUGGCGGAGAGCAGACGGAGAGCGCGGCGCGGGUGGGCGGCGAUGGGGAGGAGAGAGCCGGUGGGCGGGGGUGAUUGA